GUCACAGAGUGCGCUGCGAGCUGGAGGCUCACGGGAAAUCGAGUCAGAGAUGGAAGCCAAGAGAUCAAGAGACACACUUGGAGAGCAACUAACCGACCGCCUGAGACACCGACCUUUCGAGCGCAAUCAUGAACUUCCUUCGACGCCGUCUCUCUGACAGCAGCUUCAUGUCCAACCUGCCCAACGGCUACAUGACAGACCUCCAGAGGCCUGACCCAGCUGCUCCUCCUCCCCCCACCGCCACCUCCCCUUCACAGCAAAGUGCACCCCCAACCUCGGCGCCCGCGCCUGCCCAGUCCCCGACCAAAGCUCCAACUCCGUCCCAGGCACCUGCCAGCUCCCCCGCAGCUCAGGAGCGGCGUGCGAGCCAGCCGGCUCAGCAGCCUCAACAGGCCCAGCCCUCCUCCUCCUCCUCCUCUGGCUUCUUCAGCUCCUUCAGCUCCAUCAGCUCCAUCACCAACGUGGUCAAACAGACGGCGGCGUCCGCCGCCGGGUUUGUGGAGCAGUCUGCUACGUCUCCCUCGCUCUCCAAGAAGUUCAAGAUCCUGUUGGUCAUUGACGAGCCCCAGCAUGAGUGGGCCAAAGUGUUUCGGGGAAAGAAGGUCCUUGGAGACUACGACAUCAAAGUGGAGCAGGCUGAGUUCUCAGAGGUCAACCUCAUCUCACAUUCAAAUGGAACCUGUAACGUGGACAUGCAGGUCAUCAGGAGCGGGACCAAAGUGGUCAGGUCUUUCAGGCCUGACUUUGUUUUGGUGCGCCAGCACGCCUUCAGCAUGGCCCAGAACGAGGAUUUUAAGAACUUAAUCAUCGGUCUGCAGUAUGCAGGCAUCCCCUCUGUCAACUCUCUGGACUCCAUCUACAACCUCUGCGACAAACCUUGGGCUUUUUCCCAGCUGAUCAAUAAUCAGAAGAGGCUGGGUUCAGAGAGGAUCCCUCUUAUUGAUCAGACUUUCUACCCCAACUACAAAGACAUGAUCACAUCACCAAGUUUCCCAGUGGUGGUAAAGAUUGGACACGCCCACUCUGGAAUGGGAAAGGUCAAAGUGGACAAUGUGAGUGACUUCCAGGACAUUGCAAGUGUGGUGGCCAUCACUCAGACAUACUGCACCACAGAGCCAUUUAUAGACGCCAAGUACGACAUCCGGGUCCAGAAAAUUGGUGCUGACUACAAAGCAUACAUGCGAACAUCCAUCUCUGGUAAUUGGAAGAGCAACACCGGAUCUGCCAUGUUGGAACAAGUAGCCAUGACUGACAAGUAUAAGAUGUGGGUUGAUACCUGCUCAGAGAUCUUCGGAGGGCUGGAUAUCUGUGCUGUCAAAGCCAUCUGUGGCAAGGAUGGUAAUGACUACAUUACUGAGGUUGUGGGUUCAUCUAUGCAGCUGAUUGGUGAUCACCAGGCUGAGGACCGCCAGCUCAUCUCAGAGGUGGUGCUGGCUAAGAUGAGCCAAGCAUUGGCCACCAGGUCGUCUAGCGCUUCCCGCUCACCUGCUCGCUCCCCUCAAGGCCAGAAGCCAACUACUGUGCAGCCCCAACAGAGUGCUGCCCUUAAGGAAGGACUUGCAGAUCCAAGCAGGACGUCGGUUCAGCCCCCUCAUCCUCAAGGUGCACCAGUGAAAUCACAGAGUGAGACAUCAUCAGAGUCAGCUAAGAGAGCAUCUGAGCCGUUACCAAAGACCAACCAGGCCCAGAAACCAGGCCCAGGUCCAGCACAGAAACCAUCUCAGGCACAGAAGAGCCCAGUCCAGAGGGCCACCUCCGUCACAAAGCCUCCAGUGCCAAGGCCUCCCCCAAUGACGAGAGCCCCAUCCCUCGCAAAGUCAGCCCCAGAUUCUGCUUCCAUCCCAGCCCCAGCCAAAGCUUCACCAUCAUCCCCAGUUCCAGCAGCAGCUGCAGUAGCUCCAGGCUCUCCCCCAACCAAAGUAGCUGCAGCAGCCGUGGAGGCCCCAGCCCCGGCCUCAGCCUCAGCUCCUACCACAGAGCAGCCCAAGCCCCAGCCCCAGGGCUCCCCAUCUCCAGCUCCUGGCAAACCAAAAGAGCUGCCCCCCAAACCCGCACCACCUGCAAAGCCCAUCCCUCCAUUACGCAGGAAUUCAAAGCCGCAGCUCCAGCCAAAGCCGCAAACCCCGCCGCCACCCAAGACUUCACCUAAACCCCAGCCCGCUGCCCAAGCCCCAGCACCCACUCAGGCCUCAGAUAAUGCCUCAACCCCUGCCCCAGCACAGGUUCAGUCCCCAGCCAGAGCCAGCCAGUCCCCGCCUAAUGUCCAGUCUCCAGCUAAGGCAAAGCCCCAGGCCAAACCGGCCUCUCCUUCCCAAAACCCUGAGCCUGACCCAGCUGAAGCUGCCGCGGCCCCCGCUGAGGCAGAAGCCCCUGUGGAAGAACAGCCAGGAUCCCAGCAAAAGGCCCAUCCUCUGCUGAAUAAGUCCCAGUCCCUGACCAAUGCCUUCAGCGCCUUCAGCGACUCCUCUUUCUUCCGCGGGGUCUCAAGCACUGGAGGUGACGGCCAAGACGAGGUGAAGGCAGAGACCAUUCGCAACCUCCGAAAGUCCUUCGCCAGCCUUUUCUCUGACUAGACAUAGCCGAACCGUAGUCAGCCAUUUAUCGAUUCUGCCCACCACCCCUUUUGCCGUUGGCCAGUGAUGACUUGAUUGACAUUAAAUGUGAACCAGUCUGAGAUUAAACAAUGUGUGUUAACUGUACUGUAUUCCCUCCAUCCCGGUCACUAAUCCUCCUCCACUUUCAGCUUCUCUGUGUGAGUAACAGUGAGGCCUGCUGGGUAGGACAUUCAGUGAAGGAUGCUGUGCCAGAAUAAAUGGACUGAAGGAGUUAUGUCAUUGAUAUAUACUAGAGUAGAGUAGAACAGAAUAGAAUAACAAAAUAUUUAUUUUUCCCAGAGCACAC